AUGCAAAUAAGUGGGACCGAGAAUACUAAGAAUGUUGUAUAUUACUUCAAUAUGGAGUAUAUUUAUGAUGUGUGGUCGUUGAAAGAACUUAUCGUACCAUGGUGCAUUCUUUUUGCUGAUGACAUAGUUUUGGUUGCAGAAAAAAAGGAGGAGGCUAACAUUAAAUUGGAAGAGUGGAGGGAAGCCUUACAGGGUAAGGGGUUGCGCAUAAAUCGUUCGAAGACAAAAUACUUGCGAUGCAUUUUCAGUGGGAAAGAAUCGAUAGGGGAGCCAGAGGUGACCGUAGGGGGAGAAGUUGUCGCAUGUAUGUCCAAGUUCAAAUAUUUGGGAUCAGUGAUUCAGAGUAAUGGGGAAAUCGAUGGAGACGUUACUAAUCGUAUACAAGCGGGUUGGCUUAAGUGGCGAGCAGCAACCGGGGUGCUUUGUGAUAAAAAGUUUCCGAGGAGAUUAAAAGGUAAAUUUUACCACGUUGCAAUUAGGCCGACGUUGUUAUAUGAGACAGAAUGUUGGCCCGUAAAGAAGGUUUUCGAACAAAGGAUAGAAGUAACAAAAAUGCGUAUGCUGAGGUGGAUGUGUGGUAAUACUAUGAUGGAUAGGAUAAGAAACCGUGAAUUUAGGGAGAAAUUAGGGGUUGCACCUCUCUCUGCAAAGAUGUGGGAGAACAGGUUGAGAUGGUUUGGGCAUCUGCAGAGAAGGACACAUGACGCCCCAGUAAAAAGGAUCGAAUGCAUCAUAGUGAAGGUUUAUCAAUCUUUAAUCGAAAUGUCUGUUGAGUGA